AUGGCAUCAAGCUCCUUUCGAGUCGGCACACUGGUUUUACCAGGAGAAACAUGCGACUCGCCGCGACCUGUUAACGAGACCCUCUCUUAUCAACUCGACAUAGGAGACAAUCUUGUGACACUUUCUUCAAAUGGAGCCGGAGAUUCUAUUACUGGGCUAUUAUAUGUGCCUGAGCUCUCCAACGAUGCGUGCAACGAGGAGGCAAGGGGCCUGAUUCCGGCCAAUGUCACCCGACGUUCAGACUUCCCGAAACCUCCGUGUGCUCUCAUGGCACUUGCUCCUUGGAUAUCACCGAGCUGCACACUCGCAUUCUUAGAUGCAGCAAAAGAUGAUCGUGUUGUGGGUGCUGUUCUUUAUAUUCCCAACAACUCAACAAGCAAAUUACCCUUAGGAAAUGGUACCAUAUGGAAGUUGGACGAAGACGAUACAUGGAAGUUGAACCACCCGUUCUCAGUGUAUGCUAUUCCCGGAGCAUACGGAGGGCAACUUGUUAAUCAAAUCGCUCUAUACUCUGGAAAUUUGUCCUCGGCGCCACACGGAGAUGAACUUAGCCGCGAUUAUAAUCCUAACGCACGAGCUAGAAUUUUUGCUCGGGUUGAUGUUGAGCGCGGCCGGAGGUUGAUGCCAAAUCUUUGGAUAUUCCUUUUGGCGGUUCUCGGAGUACUUAUUGUUAUCAUCAUCAUAUCGUCGAUUUUGAUGCGUUAUAUCCAGCGACGACGACGUCUGUCACUACAGCGAAGGAUCCAGGCAGGAGAGGUAGACUUGGAGAUGCUAGGCAUCAAAAGACUGACGGUGCCACAAUAUAUCCUCGAUAAAAUGCCCCUUUACACAUACUCUAAUGACGGCAGUAUCAUGGCUCCUGCAUCAGCCGUCACAACAGUCUCGCAAAACAUUGAUCAAGCGCAGUCGCCUACCCCCCCAGAGAGCAAGAAGCCCGCGAUACGGAGCUUUGUUUCGCAUCUUUUUGGCAAUUCCCGAGAAUCUAUUGCCGUUACAUCUGGCAGAGCAGGAAAGAGAACAGAUGCCCGGGCUCAGGCUUUGCCUUCAGGUCAGGAUGUCGGUCAGCUCACAUUUUCGCAGUGCACAUGCCCUAUUUGUCUGGACGACUACAUUUCUGGAGAAACUACUGUCAGGGAACUCCCAUGCCGGCAUAUAUUUCACUCAGAGUGCAUUGAUACAUUUUUGUUACAAAAUAGCAGCUUGUGUCCGGUGUGCAAGAUCAGUGUCCUGCCAGUUGGUUAUUUUCCGGAAACUGUAACGAACUUGAUGGUUCGUCAAGAACGAUUGGCCAGGAGGAUACAAGAAGAACAGAAUCGCCAACGUACAAACUCGAGGAAUAAUACCCCAAGUAUCCCGUUAACAACCCUUUCACCAAAUUUACGCAAUAAUACAGCGAAUAGCACCGAACGGCAAGAGGCAAUGCGCCAAAGAGCAGUCGCCAUGCUUGGUAACGAUAGGAUGGCCGAAGAUGAAGAGCGAGAACGAGCUGCUGCCAGGCCAAAAUGGCUCAAGCUAGUACAUCGAUUAUUUCCUGUUCUCAGAUGA